UUGUUAUCCGUUUAACUGUUUCAAUAUGACAAUUCAAAACAAAAUGGCUUCCUAAUAACACUGGAGAAAAGAAAGAUUUUUUAGAAAAUGUGAUGGAGUAGCGCGCUUUCUAGCGAUGUGGAUGAUUUGGGUUGCUGUCCUCUGCACUGUAAAAAUCUAUUAUGCAGAGGCGGCAUGUGCAUUUCCGUCCCAGCUGACCGGUAUUUGGCAUGGAAGUGAUAUUGGUCAAGCAGUUUUCACCAGUUCACAGUUCACACUAUCCAACAAACUUAUGAAUGUGGACUCGAAUACUCGUAUAAUGUCACAAUUUAAUGCCGUGACCUUCAACUGUGAAGAUCAACUUGGAAACAUCUUAUAUAUCAAAUCAGAUGAAUUCACCCAAUACUUUGCACAAUUCCGUAUCACCAUGUGUUGGAAUAUAGAGUCAUCAGAAUCAUCAAAAAUUGUGUAUAACAGUGCCCAAUCUGUAAUGCUCAACACAACAAAUGCCAGAUUCAAACUAAAGUCAGCAUCAGCAACAUUUUCAAUAGCAACAGACUGCGUAUUAAACGGUCCAUAUGAUGCCUCUGCCAUACGGGUCCUCGUAAAAGACGGAAGCAUUUCUUCGGCGUCAAUAACAUGCCCUUCGGAUUUCCUCGGCAAGUUUACCUAUGAGUUUGAUUCUGGUAGUGGUAACCAGUGCACCAGUAACAGUUAUAUGGAAUCGUGUACAGAAGAAAGCCAAAUUGUCUAUAAUUACACAUUAUGUUCAGCUGUUCAAGCAUAUUCAUCGGAGGGCACGCUAAAUUGUGUGUAUUACGUCGCAACCGAAAACAACACAUAUGUAACUGUUUACAAUUCAGACAGUUCCGUACCUGAUGAGUUAACAACAUUCAGAUUUACAUGUUACUCGAUAUCUUCUAUUAGUAAUGCAACAGCCACCGCAACACAGUAUCCACAGGCAUGUAUGCAGAACCAAGUCUCUACUGCUUACGCCACUCAUGGAGCUUUAUUAACCCUUACUCAGACAUGUAAGUGUUAA